CAGCCUGCUCUCCCCGUCCACGCAUCGGCAUCUCCAUCGCCAUUUCAUCAUCUCUGUGUUCCCAACGCGCUCCCUCCCAACACAACCCCUCUACUCGGGGUCUUUUACACCCUGCCAACCAGCGCGCUGGGUCCCCCUUUCCUGCCCAUUCCUCUUUGUCGCCUACCGCCCUCCUACCGCGCUAGUCCGACCCCCAUCGAGAUCCAUCUCGACUAGGAUCGGGCGUACUGCUGAUACCUGUCGCAUCCAUCGACAGAACCAGUCCAUCGCCACUCCACACCAGCCUAUGUCCCGUAUCUUCACGCGCAUUUACACCUGAACUGCCCCUCGCAUCUUGUGUCUCGCUCCUUCUACGUUUUUUUAUUUUUUAUUUUUUUUUAUUUCCCCGACCACCUCCGCUCUUCGCAGAUCUGAUCCUGUCGCAGUUCUAUCAAAACGGGUUGUUCAUUCCCGCCGGUUAUGAAUAGAGGAGAUACACGCGCCCUAACGAUAUAGCACAUAACUUCUAUCUAGCCAAGCGCCAAUAUGGCGACCGGUAAUAUGAGUUUGCCGCCUAACUUGACUCAGCAACAUGUCCAAGAGGUGCUUCAGAAAUAUCGACAGAUGCAAGAACAAGGCGUCCGCCAUGACGAUCCGGAGUACCUCAAAGCCCAUAACCUUCUUAGCGCUGUCCAACGACAGCAGAUGUACCAAAAACAGAGGCAGAUCGCGCAACAGCAACUACAGGCUCAACAACGUCAACAGCAGUUGAACGGUACUGGUGCAGACAAUACUGCUAAUGGUGUCCAUGGUCGAAACGGUUCGGUCUCUUCCCCUACUGCCGCCACUCCGGAUGGUGGCUCGGGUGUGCAAUCGCAGCCCACAGGCCAGAAGGCUACUCCCAUCCCCGGUGGCAGUUUCUCGCCGGAGCAACUUUCUACGCUGAGGAACCAGAUCCUGGCAUUUAAGUUACUGUCCAAGAAUCUUCCAAUUCCACCACGUGUCCAGCAGCAACUGUUUCCGUCGAAGAAACAGCCAACUCCCACCGUGGCUGACAACGUUACCGCUGCGGAGAAUGUUUUGGAGAACGUAACCCAAGCUCGAGCUGAGCAACCCACUGAUGGCACAGAAUCCAUACAACAGAAAGACUGCUAUGAAGAUUUCCAGUCACCCUAUGAUUCUCUAUCCAAAAGCAUUAGCUACAAUGACCAUGCUGUCCGUGCUAAUCGCCACCGUAUCCCAGCGUUGAUGCCCCCAGGCAUUGACAUGGAGCAGAUACGCGAGGAUCGGGAGACGCUUCUGUAUAAUAGGAUUACUGCACGGAAAGCUGAACUGGCGGCACUCCCUGCUAAUCUGGGGGUUUGGGACACUUCCAAGACUGACACUCCAACUGGCGAUGACUCGCUAAAGCUCAAGGCCUUGAUUGAGUAUAAGAUGCUCAGCUUGCUACCUAAGCAACGGCUGCUACGUAGGCAGAUCCAAAACGAAAUGUUUCAAUUUGAUAAUUUGGGCAUAACCGCAAACCGGUCCAGUCAUCGCAGGAUGAAGAAACAGUCUCUGCGGGAAGCAAGAAUUACCGAGAAACUGGAGAAACAGCAGCGUGACGCCCGGGAGACCAGGGAAAAGAAGAAACAAUAUGAUCAGCUGCAGGCAAUCCUUAAUCACGGAAUAGAACUCCAGAAUGCUGCCAACCAGCAACGCGCUAGAAUGCAAAAACUGGGACGCAUGAUGCUUCAGCACCACCAGCACAUGGAACGUGAAGAACAGAAGCGGGUGGAGCGAACUGCCAAGCAACGUCUCCAGGCUUUGAAGGCCAACGAUGAGGAAACAUACUUGAAGCUUUUGGGACAGGCCAAGGACUCCCGUAUCUCCCACCUGCUCUCACAGACGGACAACUUCCUCAAGCAGCUUGCUGAUUCAGUCAGAGAGCAACAACGUAGCUUGGCCGAACGCUACGGUGAAGAGGACCAGUUCUACGUUGAUGAAGACGAAGAGGCAGAUGAGGAAGGAGUUGAAGAAGAAGGUGGUGGAAGACGGAAGGUUGAUUACUAUGCUGUGGCACAUCGUAUCAAAGAAGAUGUUACCGAGCAGCCGACCAUUCUCGUUGGCGGUCAACUGAAGGAGUAUCAACUGAAGGGUUUGCAGUGGAUGAUUUCCCUCUACAACAACAACCUUAAUGGUAUUUUGGCAGACGAGAUGGGUCUUGGAAAGACGAUCCAGACGAUCAGUUUGAUCACGUAUAUCAUUGAGAAGAAGAAGAACAAUGGUCCAUUCUUGGUCAUUGUUCCCCUUAGCACACUUACCAAUUGGAACCUGGAGUUUGAAAAGUGGGCACCUUCGGUUUCGAGAAUUGUCUAUAAGGGCCCUCCGAACGCGCGGAAACAGCAGCAGCAGGCUAUCCGCUGGGGCAACUUCCAAGUUCUGUUGACUACUUAUGAGUAUAUCAUUAAAGAUCGCCCAGUCCUUUCCAAGGUGAAGUGGAAUCACAUGAUUGUUGACGAGGGUCAUCGCAUGAAAAACACGCAGUCCAAGUUGAGCAGCACACUUUCGCAAUACUACACCAGCCGAUAUCGUUUGAUCUUAACUGGUACCCCGCUCCAGAACAAUCUCCCUGAGCUGUGGGCUCUGCUGAACUUCGUGUUGCCGAACAUCUUCAAAUCUGUGAAGUCGUUUGACGAGUGGUUCAACACUCCCUUUGCCAACACUGGUGGUCAGGAUCGUAUGGAACUUACUGAAGAAGAGCAGUUGCUCGUGAUUCGCCGUCUUCACAAGGUUCUACGACCUUUCCUUCUCCGACGUCUGAAGAAGGAUGUCGAGAAAGAUCUGCCAGACAAACAAGAGCGUGUCAUCAAAUGCCGCUUUUCUGCCCUGCAGGCAAGACUUUACCGGCAGCUCGUUACUCAUAACAAGAUGGUCGUUAGCGACGGUAAGGGAGGUAAGACAGGUAUGCGGGGUCUCAGCAACAUGUUGAUGCAGCUGAGGAAGCUCUGCAACCAUCCCUUCGUCUUUGAACCUGUCGAGGACCAAAUGAACCCCAGCCGGCAGUCCAAUGAUCUCCUCUGGCGAACGGCAGGCAAGUUUGAGCUUCUCGACAGGAUACUGCCGAAAUUCCGCGCUACCGGCCACCGCGUCUUGAUGUUUUUCCAGAUGACCCAGAUCAUGAAUAUUAUGGAAGACUUCUUGCGCCUCCGGGGGAUGAAGUACCUGCGCCUGGAUGGUUCUACAAAGUCGGACGACCGCUCUGAACUUCUGAAGCUCUUCAAUGAUCCAGCGUCCGAAUAUUUCUGCUUCCUUCUUUCAACUCGCGCUGGUGGGCUGGGUCUCAAUCUCCAGAGUGCGGAUACUGUUAUCAUCUAUGAUUCAGAUUGGAACCCGCAUCAAGAUCUUCAAGCUCAAGAUCGAGCUCACCGUAUCGGCCAAAAGAAUGAAGUCCGUAUUCUCCGUCUGAUCAGCUCAAAUUCCGUUGAAGAGAAGAUUCUCGAGCGUGCGCAGUUCAAGCUGGACAUGGAUGGAAAGGUCAUCCAGGCUGGAAAAUUCGAUAAUAAGUCAACGAAUGAAGAACGAGAUGCACUUUUGCGUACGCUUCUGGAAACUGCCGAAGCUGCCGACCAGCUUGGCGAUCAGGAUGAGAUGGACGAUGAUGAUUUGAACUUGAUCAUGGCGCGGUCGGAUGAGGAGAUGGCUGCCUUUCAGCGUAUUGACAUGGAGCGUCAAGCGACGGACCCUUAUGGUCCUGGCCACCCCUUGCCUCGCCUGAUGGGGGAAGAAGAGCUUCCAGAUAUCUACCUUACGGACGAGAAUCCUGUUACAGACGAGGUAGAUCUUGAAGUCACUGGUCGUGGUGCUCGUGAACGGAAGGCUACUCGGUAUGACGAUGGUCUUACUGAGGAGCAGUGGCUCAUGGCUGUUGAUGCCGAUGAUGAUACCAUUGAGGAGGCAAUUGCCAGAAAAGAGGCCAGGGUGGAGCGUCGCCGUGCAAAUAAAGAGAAACGACUGCGGCGAGCUCAAGGCAUAGAUUCAUCUCCAGAACCAUCGCGCGAAAGCUCCGAGACUCCUCAACCGAAGAGACGCCGUAGGGGUGCAGUUCCCAAACGGAAGGCCGAGGAAGUCGUGGAAGAAACGCCGGCAGCUAAGAGGAAGAAGGGUAGAUGGUCGAAAGCGGUAGAGACACUAAGCAGCGAGGAUCGAACUGCAUUGCAGGAGAUUAUCAGCAAUGUCUAUCAGAGACUGAUAGACAUGGAGCAAGAACUUCCUCCGGAUUCAUCUGACAGUGAAGAUGGAACGGUCACUCGUUCAAUUAUCGAGCCAUUCAUGAAGCCACCUCCCAAGUCUCAAUACCCUGAUUAUUAUGUGAUCAUCCAGAACCCAAUCGCCAUGGAGAUGAUCAAGAAGAAGAUCAACCGGGAAGAAUACCAGAGUGUGAAAGAGUUCCGCGAUGACAUCCAUCUCCUCUGCCAAAAUGCGCGAACAUAUAAUGAAGACGGGAGUGUUCUGUUCCAGGAUGCAAAUGAAAUCGAGGUGAGUAUGGCCGCCAUAGCUUUGGCGUCUCCUCUUUUGCUCUUCAGGACGGCCUUCGCUAAUUUUAUUUCAUAGGCGACAUGCGUUUCGGAAUUGAGAAAGCAAACUGAGACCCACCCUCAAUUUGCCAAUUUUGACGACGGGGAGUCGACUGGCGAUAGCAAUCUUACAAACACCACCUCUGCUGUUGGGACGCCGGUCGCAGCUACGCCAAAGCUGAAACUCACGUUCAACAACGGCAAUAAGGAUCUUGCAAAUGGGGGGAUUAAUGGCGAGUGAAAUUUAUCUACUUAACUGUCCUUUUGGGCGGGGCUUGAAUUUGAUGCAAUUGAGCUAGAAAGAAAACGCUAAGACGAUAUACCACAGUUGACGUGAGUAAAUUUUGUUCUGGCAACUUGACAGGUGUGAUGGCGUAUAGUAUUAUCACUUCCACGUUUUCUUCCGGCUUUGCAACACUUCUGUGUUUUGAUUUUUUUUUUUUUUUUUUGUUUUUCCUGUCUGUGUCUGCCGCAGAUUCCAGGCGUUCUACUGUCUCGGUAGUUGGUGACGAUGGAACGGGCAUAACGGUAUCUAAGACUGAUGGAAAAUGGAUAUGCGAGUACGCCGCGCCGUCUUGUUUCUAUUAAUAACCGAGUUUCUUUUUUGGCCUUUUUUUUAGCAGAGAUGAAGAUGGGCAUGUUUCAGAUCCAUCUGGUUUCAAAUUUGGGGACAAUAACCCCGGCAUGGUUAAUUAGUAAGCACUUAUUCACCCUGGAUUAUGAAUUAUGGCAGGAACAAGGCACAUGCUCAUUGCCUGUAUGCAUACCCUUCUUAACCUAGGUAGACCUGCAUUAUUAUGUAACAUUAUUACAGUAUUAACUAGUACUCUGUAUUAUUAUUGCUCGAAGGAUGAUAUGGUAUAAUGAUAG